CUGCUCAGUCUCUCUCUCUUCUAGACAAUGAAAUUCCUCUCACUACUCUCUCGCGACAAAAUCAUCGUGCAGAGGGCUAUGGCUCUCAUCGACAACGCCGCAGCAGUCGAUGAUCUCCUCAAAGUCCACGCCUUUCUCGUGAAGACUUCCUUCGACCACAAUAUGUUCGUGCUGGCCAAGUUCCUACGCCGUUGCUUAGAACGCGCUUCUGAUGAAGCUAUCAUGUAUGGGCGAGCAUUCUUUGAUCAAAUAGAACUCCCAGACGCUUUUAUUUGGAAUACUAUUAUACGUGCCUAUCUACUUGCUCGGAAUCCAGGUGAAUCACUGCGCCUAUUUCGGCAAAUGUGUAGAAUUUCUGGAAGCAUAGCUACCGCCGAUAGUCACACAUUCUCAAUCUGUAUCCAGGCAUGUGGAAGAUCGGAGAAGCUCAUAACUGGAUCAAGUAUACACGCCCAGUCAGUCAAGCUAGGUUUUUGCUCCGAUUUAUUUGUGCAGACCGCCCUUGUAGACAUGUACGCGAACAGUGAAGAUAUCUGUAAUGCAAGGCGUGUGUUUGAUGAAAUGCCAGACAGAGAUUUGGUUGUGUAUAAUGCGAUGCUGGCAGAUUAUGUAUACUGUGGAGAUAUCUCGGUAGCCCGCUUCCUGUUUGAUGAGAUGCCUGAAAGGGACUUGAUUUCCUGGAAUACCAUGAUUCAUGGCUAUGCCAAGAGCGGUGAUAUUGGUGCUGCGAGGGAGAUGUUUGAUGAAAUGAAAGAGAGAGAUUUGGUUUCAUGGAGUUCAAUAAUCUCCGCCUAUGCUCAGUGUGGUAAAUCGAAUGAGGCAUUGAUGCUGUUUCAUGAGAUGCAAUUACAUGGGGUUGUUCCUGAUAAGGUCACAAUGGUAAUAGUUCUUUCUGCUUGUGGAGACAUGGGCGCUUUAGGCAUGGGCAAGGCCAUCCAUAGGUUGAUCAAAUGGCAUGGAAUUGCAGUGGAUAUCAAGCUUGGAACUUCUCUGAUUGACAUGUAUGCUAACUGUGGUGAUAUAGAGAAUUCACUUGGAGUCUUUUAUUCUAUGACUAGAAAGGAUGCACUCACUUGGAGUGCUAUGAUUAUUGGUCUAGCAAGCCACGGACUAGGAAAAGAUGCAUUGGAUCUAUUCUCAAAGAUGAUUUUGGAGGGUGUACAACCAAAUGAUGUCACUUUUGUUGGGGUGCUUAGUGCAUGCGAUCAUUCUGGUCUUUUAAGUGAAGGAAAGGCUCAUUUUGACUCCAUGACUAAACUUUAUGGUAUCAAACCUAAGAUGGAGCACUAUGGAUGCAUGGUUGACCUCUUGGGUAGAUUAGGGCUCAUCAAAGAGGCUAGGAAGCUUCUAAUACGCAUGCCUUUUGAGCCAGAUGCAGUUGUUUGGAGGGCAUUACUGGGGGCAUGCCUAAUUCAUAAAAAUGUAGAUAUGGCAGAGGAAGCUAUAAUAAAUCUUAUCAAUUUAGAGCCUCAUGUUUAUGGGCAUUAUGUGCUUCUGUCAAAUGUAUAUGCUCAGGCCAAUAAGUGGGAUGAUAUGGCUAUAGUGAGGAGGACCAUGAGAGGCAAAAGCAUUCUGAAGGUUCCUGGAUGCAGUUUUAUUGAAUUAGAAAAUGUUGUUCAUGAGUUUGUUGCUGGUGAUAGAUCACAUCCAAAGACCAAUGAGAUCUAUAGGAUGGCGGAGGACAUUAUUGAUCAGGUAAGGAAAGCUGGUUACUGACCAAUGGGUACAUUAACUAACUUUAAAAGGUGCUGAUUGCCAUGUUUUUUCAACACAGUGAGUGUUGUUAGCUUUCUUCAAUCUUCUGGGUUCCUUCCAAAGUCUUUACUUUUGCAUUGUGAAGAAUCUCCAUGUAUGCGAAGUUUUUCUUUUGGCUUUUAAGCUUAUUUAUUUGAGCUAUGAGUGACAAUUCGGUUCAGAGACCAUAACAGUUUCUCCAUUUUAAUAGAAAGGAGUGCUGUAGCAAGGAUUAUUGGUGAUGCGAAAUUUCUGUUGGAAAGGUAUGCUAAGAAUAUUGUAACAGUAUCAGAUUGAAGUCGGAGCUAAAUUUCUUACUUCAGAAUGAUGGAAAAUUUGAUUCGUUGACAAAACGCAUCUUGGAAGGUAAACAAGAUGCCCACAAAGUAUUAGGUGAAAAGAACCGAAGAGAAAAUAAAAAAACCUCAGCAAAGAUCACCCUAAUAAUGCCGUAGUGGAGAAAGUGAAUUUCCAAGCAAGCAUGAUUGCUUUUGAAAUUAUGGUUAAAGCUGUCGUAAGCAAACAUUUUGAUAGGAGGGAAGGCCUCAAGCCAGGUAGCUUUAUUAAUGUGCUGUUCUUUUAAUGAAGGAAAGCAGGUGUUUUGUUGAGCCGCAAGAUUUGAUAUGUAUUGUAUGAGGUUGAAAGUCAUGGUUUGUUAAUCCGUUCUUUGAGAAAGCAACACCAAUGAUUGAGGAGCACCUCGUCUCUAUGGCUUUGAUUUUGAUUAUUUAAUGUGAGAUGAAGUAUGAGCUGGAGCAAGACCAGUGCUACGGAUGACCCUCAAGCUGCAGAUUUAAGUUUCAAGCUGACUAGAAUAAGGUAAAAGAUCAAGUGCAGGUGAGUUUUCUGUAAUGUGCCGUUGCUCUUCAGAUGGCAUAUGUAAUAAUGUAAGAGCAUCAACUUUAAAAUUUGAGGUGUAGAGUUUGGUAGUGUAUUUUCCUUAUUAUGUGCAGUUUCUCUUCAGUAACAUAGCCAUUUUUCUUCGCUCGAACCACUCAUAAUGUUACAAACAAAUAUAUUAUCAUUGUUUGCUUUACUGCAAAAGGAACCUAAUGUGAUGUGAGAGCAUCAACUUCAAAAUUUGUAGUGUUGAGGCAGGUAGUGUGUAUUCCAUUUUGCAAGAGAUGACAUGUUACUUAUGUUCUCUUU